AUGAGUCACUUACUGUGGAAAUAUUACUGGGAAAACGAUGUCGACCGAUUUCGGCGUCUGCUGGCCCCAACCAGCUAUAAUGCCCAGGGACUUUCAAAGAGUCCUGCGAUAGGAGGACCCGGGAGCUUCUUGGGAGGAAGUCCCGGUCUUCCGGGUACGUCCCCACGACCAGCAGCCAAGCAACGACGAGCAUCCGGCCAUCCGCAGACACCUGGUAAAACGAAGGAUGGACAUGCGCAUCUCGGACGAACAGAAGUCAACAGUCGCGAUCAUGCCGGUCUUACAGUUCUACUUCGAGCCGCUUCAUCGACCGAUCCGAAUGCUCACGAAUUUGUCCGGGCCGUCGUCGAACACCCUGCUAUCGAUCUCUACGUCCAAGAUCCGGAGAGUGGCUGGAAUGCCCUCCAUCGAUCCUUGUAUGCUGGGAAUGUCUCGAUUGCGCGCCUAUUGCUGGAAAAGGAGCGAGUAGACUUGACCAGUCACAAUCUGAGCGCCGUGAACAAAGUCGGACUUUUGAUCAAGACCAAAGACCACGAGGGCAACAGUCCCUUCGAUGUCUAUAACUCGACAAUCGCCGAAAGGUCACUAAAGAGCAUGGAAGAUGGGCAUAGCUCGGAUAGUGAUGAUGACAGCGUUGAUAGCGGAGGGGAUGGUUUCCACCAUACGGUAAAGGUCUCACAUGGGCUACAAAGCUCCAUCGAUGGCGAUGAACUAUUUGUUUUUGGCAGCAACAAGAAUGUGUCUCUUGGAGUUGGUGAUGAGGAUGAUCGACAGUAUCCUGAUCGCAUCCAUCUUUCCAGGCCAGAUCUUCUUGUGCACCGAUUAUAUCACUCUCACCUGGACGAACAGGAUGCAGAGGCACCCUCCGCACUGAACCUGGACGAGAUUCCAACUUUAGUUCGAAAUCGGCCGCUCGUCAUUCAAGAUGUGUGCAUGUCAAAACUGCACAGCGCUAUUUUGACAACCGACCCAGUCUCAAACCUCUAUAUCUGUGGCGUUGGCCGUGGAGGUCGACUCGGGUUAGGAGAUGAAAACACACAAUUCAAGUUUGUGCCUGUCGAGGGUCCAUUUAUAGACAAGAAGAUCCAUCAAGUUGCGCUUGGGCAAAAUCACACCAUGGCCGUUGUCGAUAACGGUGAGCUUUGGACAUGGGGCUUGAAUUCUGUCUCGCAGCUUGGAUAUGCCCUCCCUCCACCGAUGAAGGCAGAUGAAGAACCCAUGAGCCUCACCCCGCGCCAGGUUUUUGGUUCUCUGAAGAAGGAAAUUGUUUUGGGUAUUGCCGCAUCCGCAAACCAUUCUGUUGCUCAUACAGGAUCUUCGCUUUUUACCUGGGGCCGAAAUGUUGGCCAGCUCGCCCUAAUGGAUGCCGAUUCAAGAUCGCUUGAUAUUCAACAUACCCCUAGGAAAGUGGCUGCAUCCCUUCUGGCCGCCCCAAUUGAGAUGGUGGCCGCGAUUGACAAGGCUACAAUAUGUCUGCUAUCAAACCAUACAGUUUGGGUGUUUAGCCACUAUGGCUACAACCUGGUCAAGUUCCCAUUCCCUGAUGUUUUCGCCAACAACAUCUUCAUGACACGGUACGAACCCGGAAGUCGAAGGGAAAUUGAUUACAUUACUGCAGGUGGUGAGACAAUCGCCGCGGUAACUGCACGUGGAGAUCUUUUCACAUUGCAUUUGAAUGAAAAGGGUGACUCAACGCAGUCUGCUGCGUCCACUACCAAUCCAGUCAAGAUCAAGAAUGCCCUAACACAACCGCAAUGUAUUUGGGACUCUCGUAAGGACGGGGUUGCUUCUGUUGGAGUUGGAGAACAUGGUUCAGUCAUCAUUUGCACAGAGUCAGGGGCUGUAUGGAAUCGAGUCAAGCGCUCCAAAGGCAAACUGACCGGGUUUUCUGGAUCUAGCGACUUGAAGCGAAAAGACGUCAAAUUUCAGCGGGUACCUUACAUCACGAACUGUGUGGCUGUUCGUAGCUCCAUUUUCGGUGCUUUUGCAGCCAUCAGAAAGGACAGCAAAGUGAUGGCGCAAGAGAUCAACAUCAGCGAGAAGACACUUCGUGACGACAUCGGCUCUCUCCUAUGUCUUAACGACUUUGAGGCUCCGCAACAUCAAGUUGAAGCCAAAGGUGCUCGGAAAACUUGGGAGGCAGCUAUUGCUAGAGAAAAACGUGAUCCUGUCAGCUACGAACUUCUUCGCUCAGUCGACAUUAAAGCAGAUUUGCGGCGCUGGUUGGAAAUGAGCUCAUUUCAAUACGAUGGCAUGAAUAUGGCAGUCUGUUCUUCAUCUCUGCCUGAUAUCAAGAUACCAGUUCACAGUUGGGUUCUCGCCGGAAGAAGUUCAGCUUUACGACAUGGAUUGUCCGAACUGCGCACCCGAGGGGCAACGUUCAGCACGGACAGCUUCAAUCUUGAGCUUAUGGGAGACAAGGCCUUGUUGACACUAUUCGAAGUCGAUAUUUACACUGUCCUCAAUGUCGUGGUUCACGCCUAUCAGGACAGGUUCGUUCCAGUAUGGAAGUAUACGCGUGAGGCACCUUCACUUGCCUUUCGUUUCCGACAUGUUAGGACAGAGUUGAUGAAGAUUGCAACUGCUCUCGCUUUAUCAAAGUUGGAGACAGCAGUUCGCUUGCAGACCGGAGGUGUGGAAGAAUCCCUCGACGAUGAUUUCAAGCAAGCAAUCUCCGAUCCUUCAUUCUUCGAUGAUGGCGAUAUCAUCAUUGAGUUGGACGGGGAAGACAUAAUGGCGCACAGCCAAUUAUUGUGUCAACGAUGCCCCUUUUUCGAGGGCAUGUUUCAUGGACGAUCCCAAGGCCAGUGGCUUGCUGGACGCCGUGAUGGCAUGGACUCGACGGAGCUGAUUCGAGUUGACCUCAAUCACAUCGACCCUGAAACCUUCCACUAUGUCAAGUCCUUUAUCUACGCGGACAUUGGACAAGAGCUCUUUGAUAAUGUCUCGGUGUCUAAUCUGGAUGAGCUAUCGGAACUUGUGCUUGACGUAAUGGGGGCCGCAAACGAGUUGAUGCUCGACAGGUUAUCCCAAAUUUGCCAAGGUCUCAUUGGCAAGUUUGUGACGACAAGAAACAUUUCAAACUUGCUUAACGAGAUCAGUCCAUGCUCCAUCACAGAGUUCAAGGACACAGGACUUGAAUACAUCUGCCUGCAAUUAGAGUCGAUGCUUGAAAAUCAUCUUCUUGAUAACUUGGAUGAAGACCUUCUACUUGAACUUGAUGAGGUGGUCCGGGAUAAUCAACUUGCACGUUUCCCCUUUGUACGGAGUGGAAGGGCGGAGCUGCUGCUGCAUGAGAGCUUUCCUGAAUUGGCUGCUGAUAUCGAAGAAGAACGACAUGUCAGGAUAAGAGAGAUGGCAUACAAGACUGCUCAGAGGGAUGACGAGAAGAAGCUAUCAUCAUCAUUCAAGGCGCGUAUUGGUAGUUUGGAUGAAGGUAGCCCCCUGCAGACCCCAGACACGGUUCGGCGCAAGUCAAGAGGUGGGCGUAACGAGCCUUUCAGUCCUAGUUUGCGACCAAAACAGUCCCAGGCAGAUAUGAUAUUCGACAUGGAGGAUGAAGACGGCUCUUUGUCCGCCAAGCCACUGUCGCCGACAAAUGAAGCUGUCAAUCUUCGUUCGCCACCUGAUACAGAUGAUAUGCCGCAACUUCCCAAAGCAUGGCGAGAGUCGAAGGGCAAGGAAAUUGCGAGCUCUGCACAUAGCCCAACUCCUCUUGCUUUCUCUUUUUCCCCGGACUCCCAACCUUCUGAACUAGGUAGCCUGAGGACACCAGGUCGUACAUCAUCCAGACCUGGUGUUCCGUGGUCGUCUUCCAAAUUGGCUACUUCGAAGUUAGACCUGAAGGAUAUUAUGUCUGAGGCAUCGUCUACAUCUGCUCUAACAGCCGGAUUGCAAGCUCAAAAGACUCAAGACGCAGCUGGGAACAAGCCACAGACCAAGAUAUCGCAAAAGGAACGGAAGAGGCAGCUUCUAGCACAGGCAGCAGCUGAAACGGCGGUCAAGGGCGAGUCGACGAACCACGUACCUUGGGAAGCAGCCCCAGAAGGGGGACGACCGGCACCUUGGAAGGCAGCCAGUCCAGGACCCAAGACGUCGUUGAAAGAGGCUAUGUCUGCGGAAUCAAACAUGCCUAAAGGGGUAUCUGCAAACGCAAAACCUCUUGUCGCUUCAGAGACCAAAACAAAGUCAGCAACACGGCGCACAGCGUCGCCCGACACAAGGUUUCCGGGACAGGGUCGAACCAACAGCUCCCCCGCAAUUGUCGCAGGACCAUCGACAGAGCAGCCGAAGAAGCCGUUGGUGCCACACUCAAAGUCCUACUUUACACCGGCAACGAAAGCGGAGCCAACUAUCGGGUUCAGUAUGGCAGAUAUCAUUGGCCAGCAGAAGCGCGAGCAGGAGGCCGUCAAGGAAGCGGUUGCGAAACGGUCACUUCAAGAGAUUCAGCAAGAGCAAGCGUUUCAAGAAUGGUGGGACCAAGAGAGUCGAAGAACACAGGAGGAAGAGGAAGCUCGGCAAAAGCAGAAGAAUGGUCGAGAAAAAGAGACCAAGGGAGCGAAGAAGAGUCGACGAGGACGAGGUGGUAAGGCUAAAGGCACCGGUGAAGCGGUUGCGAACGUCGAGCAGAGCGGUGCAAGUGGAGGCAAAGCCGGAGGUGCCCCCAGCACAAGCACCAACAACCGGGGACCUAGGGGCGGACGAGGUGGAGGUGGAAUUGGAGCUGGCGGUGGUCGAGGAAGAGGAGGUAAGGGACGUGGCAACAAACCCCAGGCUGCAUGA